GCCGCAGGUGGCCCCGCAACUGGGCUGCCACUUCGCAGGCUGGUGGCACUGCAUGUGCAUCCAAUUUGCAUUUGCGUUUCUGCCCCAAGUCAUCAAUCCAUGUGCUGCGCUGGCGUCCCCAACUUCCCUUCCCGCCUUGUCACGCCCAGGUAUUGACACUGCCACCAACUGCCCGUCGUGUAAAGAGGGCAGGCUUAUUGCCUUGGAUGCCUUGUCUUGACUCUACGCGCGCGCAUUGGUGGUCGCCGUGUGUCCCUGUCCUGUACUGUAUGCCAUUUGAUCCUCGCUCCAGCGCAUAGGGCGGCUCCAUUUCGUCAGCGUACGUGGCACCCGGGCGACCUUCUUCCCGCAGCUCUGGCUGUGCCGAGCGAUUGAGUGCCCCCUGACGGUCCAAUCCAGCAGCGCUCCGUCCCCCCAAUUUCUGCCUCCCCAGCCCUCGCACCACAACCCGAAAGCCCGAAGCGGUUUUUCGAAGCUGGUCCCCUGCAGAGCCAAGCACUCCUGCUCAACAGGAGCCACACACCUCACCCGGCUGGACCAUAACCGCCAUCCACAGCCCCCUGUGCUAACUCCCUCUUCGAUCCUCUCCUAUUUUUUUCUGGUCCCUGGUCACGACACAGCACAACACCGACUAAUCGUGGACCGACCGGAACGGCUGCCCAUCUGAGCAUGUCUAGGGCAAUCGGCCGCCACUCGCCCUUCUCCUAACAACGCCCCCAUUUCCCCAGCAUCCUUUGGCAGCCGUCAUCGCUCCUGGGCCGCUCAGCAGGCUCGAUACCCCCCAAACGCCCCCAUCCCCAGCCGCCUCGCCCGACGCGGAAAUGCCCUCGUUCCUGACCCAGCAGCACGGGAGCAACCACGCCUACGGCCGCAACAGUGGCAUCGUCCACCUCGAUCUCGACGGCUCUUACGACGGCUUCUCACGCGACAAGGUCAAUGGACCACAGCACACGUCCAAAGAAUCCUCUUCGCACAACUCAAAUGACAGUUUCGACGCGGCUUCCAGCAGCAGUUCUAGCAACACGUCUACCGGCUCGUCCACCGCCUGUCCCGCCAACGAGCGUCUGAACGGCGCCGGCGCGGCGGACGCUGCCAGGGAGAGAUUCAGGACCGCAGCCAAGGCCGCCGCCAUGAAUUCGGCGACGGUUAUGGUCAAUGGGAGGACAGGCGUCGAAAAGCUGGGAUCGGUCCAGUCCGAGAUCCUGACACGCAAGUCGCUCUCGAACGGGAUUUCAUCCAUGACGCUGGCCGAUCGGACUGUCGCGCCGCCACAACAACCAAACCAUAACCAUCAGCAGCACAAUCACGAGCGUCCUCGCACGCCACCGCACCGAUUGAGCAAUGGCACACGGGACGCUAAUCCCUCGUUCGUGCCAAACAAUCACAGCAGGGACAGCCACCCGUGGUCUUCGGUGGCAUCGACAAAUGGCGAAUCGAUACCACCGACUCCUCACGAGAUGCAAACGAGGCACGUAAACAAGGGCGACUUCACGCCUCUGGAUACAUCUCCGCCUAGUGCCACCCUCAUCGUACCAUCUAGCAGUCUGCCUGGCUUUUUCUCCACCCCGAUCAGUCCUGGUAUAUCGAGCCCUUUGUCGGAGCCGGGCAAUCGCCACACCAACCAGCCGCACAGGUUUUCCUCGCCGCCUCACUAUCAUUCAGCGGGGGGCACGCCCAGCUCAUCCUCUGCCGCUCUGGCCCCACCUGGCCAGGGACUGAAGCAUCGCCAUACCCUAGAGGUGCCCAAAGCCGGGCCCUCUCGAGGCUCUCGGGAUGGGGUAGACACGGCCUAUGCCAGCGGCCGCUUUUCGCCCACGGGCACCCCAGUUGGUGGCCGGAGGCCAUCGUUGAGCUUGGCUCGGAGGAACACGAGAUCGCUUCACUCCGAUAUGCCGCGAGACGAGGUCAUCCCCGACGACGAUGCUCUUAGGUGGGCCGAAGCCUAUCGCCAGAAGCGCGCCAGCAAGCGGAAGCGCUUGGAGUUGGAGGACGAUGAUCGCGUGCUCGUUGGCACCAAGGUCGACGAGAGCCAUGCCAACUGGGUCGCCGCCUACAACAUGCUGACUGGAAUCCGGGUUUCGGUCUCGCGCACAAAUGCGAAGCUCGACAGGCCACUGACCGAUGAAGACUUUCAGACGAAGCAAAAGUCUACUUUUGACAUCGCCGGUAACGAGCUUGUCCCUUCCGCCAAGUAUGACUUUAAGUUCAAGGACUACGCCCCGUGGGUGUUCCGACGACUUAGGGCUCUAUUCGGCCUUGACCCGGCGGACUACCUCAUGUCUCUGACCGGAAAGUACAUCCUUUCCGAGCUCGGCUCACCUGGAAAAAGUGGCAGUUUCUUCUACUUUUCGCGCGACUACAAGUACAUCAUCAAGACCAUCCACCAUGCCGAACACAGGUUUCUGCGCAAGAUCCUCAAGGACUACUACGAACAUGCUCAAAACAACCCGAACACGCUGUUGUCGCAGUUCUACGGGCUGCAUCGUGUCAAGGUCCAGUACGGCAGGAAAAUUCACUUUGUGGUCAUGAACAACCUCUUCCCACCGCACCGCGAUAUCCACCAGACCUUCGACCUCAAAGGCUCGACGGUUGGCAGGGAGUACAGGGAGGACAACCUGGGCACGAACCCCCGGGCAACGCUCAAGGACCUGAACUGGCUGCGGCGGCAGAAGCAUCUGGAACUCGGAAUCCAGAAGAAGCAGCUUUUCUUGGAACAGCUGAGGAGGGAUGUGAAAUUGUUGCAGAAGCUCAAGAUCAUGGACUACUCGCUCCUGAUUGGCAUCCACGAUCUGAAGAAAGGAAACGACGAGAAUCUGCGGCACAAGACGCUCCAGGUGUUUAACCCUGGAGGUGCCGCGGACGCAGACGACCAGGAUCCGGGGAAGUCGGUGCUUCUCCGUACGCUGUCCAAGUUGGAAAACCAACGCAAGGCCCGGGAGCUCCGACAGAUGAUCAAGUCGGAGCGCCCGAUUCCGAUGGGCGAGGGCAGCAGCACUAUGCCCGACGAGCUCGAGGAGGGGACAAGAUCCGACUGUGUUUUCUACAAGGACGAUGGCGGAUUCCAAGCCACCCACGAAGACAACACGCCGGGAGAGGAGAUCUACUACCUCGGCGUCAUUGACUGCCUAACUCACUACGGAAUAAUCAAAAAGAUUGAAAACUUCUGGAAGGGACUCUCGAGCGACCGAACCCAGAUAUCCGCCCUCCCUCCAGAAGAAUACGGCGACCGCUUCCUUGACUUCAUGUCGGGCAUAACAAUGUCUCCCGAAGAGGCUGCGCGCGACGCGAGAGAUCGCGAGGCGAGAGAGCAGGCAUCCGCUGCAGCAAUUGCGGCGGCUGAGCGACACGAUGCCGCGGGCAAAGGAAAGGAGCGUGUCUCGAGCUGGAAUAGCAGUAUCCGGCGGAAGUCAACAUCGGGUCCUUCUGGCAUUCCGCCCAUCCCUACUCACCAACCCCCUCCGAUUCCGCAGAAGGCCUCCCCCGCGCGGUCGCCCGAGGCAGAUGCCGUAAUCCGGAGGGCUGAGCAGGAGGCGUUCAAGAACCAAGAUCGCGAGCACGACGUCCCAGAGAGGGUCAUCCGUACGAUGGUCCCGGCUCCAGGGGGACUCUCCACCUCAGCAACCACCGCUCCCAACAGCAUUCUGGUGAAUGGCCUCGCAAACUCUGCGGGGCCUUCGGAGCGUCGCGAGUCUCUCCAAGGCAAUGCAGUGCUUCCCGUUGUGGAGGAGACUGCCGAGGCAUCGUCUACUGGGGGACGCAGCAGGAGCCGCGUCUCGAUCAGGUCGGCUCUCUCGACGACGGAUAGCGAACGUCCGGUCACGCCAGCCAAAGACGCGCCUAGCCUCCCUGCCAUGUCGCAACAAGCCGGCUUUGGGAUCAUGUCGUACAGCUCCAGUCGUGGAAGCAACAGGCCUCCUGGGCACCCGCCGCCGACACCUCCCAAGAGCAGCCAUCUAAAGCCCGAGAGCGCCGAUAGCGGAUACGGAGUCGUGGGUGGGGGUACCAGUGUCUCCACCGGCAGGGCCAGAUCUGGCUCUGGCUCGGCAAGCCUGGGCAAGGGCGGCAUCAGCCGGAGCAGUCUGGAUAAGGCCCUACCACCGCUUCCUGGCAAGAACGACCGUCUCCACCUUGACGAAUUCGGGGCAGCUCUCGAUCGACUAUGAUUGCGCUUAUAACAUACCGGCAGUUGCAUCAGGCCAUCGAGUCGACCCAUCUAUAUAUAGGGCAUACUGUGCGCGAGGGGCUUUGGAUUAAUCUCUCUUUUGCAAGUCGGUCGCCUAGGCGAGAUUUGAGGGCCUCUUCACGGAGGGCGGAGCCGAAAAAAAUACUGCAAACAACCCCCUUCCUUGGCUGCUUCUUUGAGCAUUUUGGGAAACCCUUGCAGCCCUUUCUUUUCCAUAUUUCCAUGUCUUCCCAUUCUCCUUGAUUCUCUACUCUAUUCCCGCGACAUCGUCAUGAUACCACACUAUUGCAUGGAACAAGCAUAAAAUCAGCCUUCUGUCUCCUGUCAGUCUCUUUUGUCGAUGCGUAUCUGCUUUCCUUUGUUGAAAUACUUUUAUCUUUUUUUUCUUCUUGUUAGCCACCUCUUGGUCCUAUCCACCUUGUUCUCCAUUCCCUCUUGUCACAUCCCCCACCUGAUCCCAAGUCGCUCCGACUCACCUCAUGCCCUCCUGUGCCCGCUUUCUCCAUUUUCGCCUCCCCAUCCAUCCGCUCGCUACCCAAGGUCCCUUGAAUAUCCCGACGUGUGCGGGCCGUUUGUUUGGCAGACAAUCAUGACCGGAUGGAUCACAGCUUUGAAACGGGGAACCAGUGAUGUCCUUUCUCUUCAUUUUGUACGGCGCCUCAUGCUUGGUUCAUAUCGUUUUGCUCUUCGUAAAGCCCGUCUCUGCAGCCCCUUGGCCAAGCUAGAUACGCAGGGGGUGGUUAUCGGGAGGAUGCGGUCGCAAACGAGGAUGCGGUCGGCGAUGGUCAUAUUGUAGAUAUAAUAUUCUCGUGGUGUCUUUUGUCACUUUUUUUCCUUCUACUUUUUCUUGACGGCAAUACCUCAUAGACCUCCGUUGGAUGCAGCUUUCUCCCGGGCGGGGAAGGGGGGGUGAAAUAGAAAGGUCGUUAGCAGUUUAGAAUAUGAGACUGUCCAUUCUGUAGCAUUAGGCCUGUGCACAUGAAUGAUUCCUGACUUGCUUGGCAUGUGGUUGGGUUAGCG